CCUGCUGACCCGCAACCGACAAACCGGCCCCCCGCGUCGCGUGUGCCAUGUCUGGUUCCUCCAGCGUCGCCGCUAUGAAGAAAGUGGUUCAGCAGCUCUGGCUGGAGGCCGGCCUCAACCGCGGGAAGGUGUACCAGGCAGCUGCAGACUUGAAACAGUUUUGUCUCCAGAAUGCUCAACAUGAUCCCCUGCUGACUGGAGCAUCUUCAAGUACAAAUCCCUUCAGACCCCAGAAAGUCUGCUCCUUUCUGUAGUCAAACAAAUCUAUCAGAGGGUUCCUGAACCACUUCUCAUUAACCGGUGAAUAUUCAUUCAAAAGGGCUAAAUUUGAAGUCUGUACAAAAAG